AUAAAUUGUCCCACCCCUGGGUAAGGUGGCUCACUCUGGCAGAUAGAAACGGGGAAGUGUGCACCUGUCACCAGUCAAGCUCAGCCAGACUGCGAGACGAGACUAGGCAGAGCGAGCAGAGAGAGUGAGUGAACCAUGGACAAGUUGAAGUGUCCCAGCUUCUUCAAGUGCAGAGGGAAGGAGAAAGUGACGGCUUCAUCUGAGAAUUUCCAUGUUGAUGAAAAUGAUGAGAACCAAGACCGUGGUAACUGGUCGAAAAAAUCAGAUUAUCUUCUAUCUAUGGUUGGAUAUGCAGUGGGAUUGGGGAAUGUGUGGAGAUUCCCAUAUUUGACCUACAACAAUGGCGGAGGUGCCUUCUUGAUACCUUAUGCAAUUAUGCUAGCACUGGCUGGUUUACCUUUGUUCUUCCUAGAGUGUUCACUGGGACAAUUUGCUAGCUUAGGUCCAGUUUCAGUCUGGAGGAUUCUUCCAUUGUUUCAAGGUGUGGGAAUUACAAUGGUCCUGAUAUCCAUUUUUGUCACCAUCUAUUACAAUGUCAUAAUUGCCUAUAGUCUUUACUACAUGUUUGCUUCUUUUCAAAGUGAACUACCAUGGAAAAAUUGUUCUUAUUGGGCAGAUAAAAACUGUAGCAGAUCACCUAUAGUAACUCACUGUAAUGUGAACAUAACAAAGGAGAUCAUCCAAGUGAAUAAAAGCUGGAUAGACACCAACAAUUUAACCUGCAUCAAUGGAAGUGAAAUUUACCAGCCAGGGCAGCUUCCCAGUGAACAAUAUUGGAACAAAGUGGCACUCCAACGUUCAAGUGGAAUGGAUGAGACUGGAGAAAUUGUGUGGUAUUUAGCACUUUGUCUUCUUCUGGCUUGGCUCAUAGUCGGUGCAGCACUAUUUAAAGGAAUCAAGUCUUCAGGCAAGGUGGUAUAUUUUACAGCUAUUUUCCCCUAUGUUGUCCUACUCAUCCUUUUAAUAAGAGGUGCAACUCUGGAGGGUGCAUCGAAAGGCAUUUCAUACUAUAUUGGAGCACAAUCAAAUUUUACAAAACUUCGGGAAGCUGAGGUUUGGAAAGAUGCUGCCACUCAGAUAUUUUACUCCCUUUCGGUGGCUUGGGGUGGCUUAGUUGCCCUAUCAUCUUACAACAAGUUCAAUAACAACUGCUUCUCAGAUGCCAUUGUGGUUUGUUUGACAAACUGCCUUACUAGUGUGUUUGCUGGAUUUGCUAUUUUUUCUAUAUUGGGACACAUGGCUCACAUAUCUGGAAAGGAAGUCUCUCAAGUUGUAAAAUCAGGUUUUGAUUUAGCAUUCAUUGCUUAUCCAGAAGCUCUAGCCCAGCUUCCAGGUGGGCCAUUUUGGUCCAUAUUAUUUUUUUUCAUGCUUUUGACUUUGGGUCUCGACUCUCAGUUUGCUUCCAUUGAAACAAUUACAACAACGAUUCAAGAUUUAUUUCCCAAAGCGAUGAAGAAAAUGAGGGUUCCCAUAACUUUGGGCUGCUGCUUGGUUUUGUUUCUCCUUGGUCUCGUCUGUGUAACUCAGGCUGGAAUUUACUGGGUUAAUCUGAUUGACCACUUCUGUGCUGGAUGGGGCAUUUUGAUUGCAGCUAUCCUAGAAAUAAUAGGAAUCAUCUGGAUUUAUGGAGGGAACAGAUUCAUUGCAGAUAUAGAAAUGAUGAUUGGAGCAAAAAGGUGUAUAUUCUGGCUAUGGUGGAGAGCUUGCUGGUUUGUCAUUACUCCUAUCCUAUUGAUUGCAAUUUUGAUCUGGUCACUGGUGAAAUUUCAAAGACCUGAUUAUGCUAAAAUCCCAUACCCAGACUGGGGAGUUGCUCUAGGUUGGUGUAUGAUUAUUUUCUGCAUUAUUUGGAUUCCAAUUAUGGCUGUCAUAAAAAUAAUUCAAGCAAAAGGAAACAUCUUUCAACGCAUUGUAAGCUGCUGCAGACCAGCUUCUAACUGGGGGCCAUACCUGGAACGACAUCGUGGGGAGAGAUAUAAAGACAUGGUAGAUCCUAAAAAAGAGACUGAUCAUGAAAUACCUACUGUCAGUGGCAGAGGAAAACCAGAAUGAGAUCUAAUUUUAAAAAAAUAUGUGCCUGUGUAAUGUUAUUAUUUUAGAAUAGAGGAAAAUUUUUAUUUAUUUGUAUG